AUGGCGAUGGUAGUGUGUCUGUCCUCUGUGUCAAUGUGGCUCCGACGGGCAGGGCAGGCCAGGCCAGCAGCGCCGCUCCCCUGGCUCUCCCACCGACCGUGCUCCAGCGCCGACAACACGAUCUGCCGCAUUCCCCCCGCGGGACCGGCCCACCGCCAGACGCGGGGCCGCACCCGCACUGGUCGCGCACACUCUCGCCCUUACCGCAGCCCGGCGCCAGGUGCCCGUACUCGCCCUGCCGCGCAAAAAAGCCUUCCCCUUUGGAAAACGGAGAGCGGCUCAGGAGGCAAAUACCCCGGGUGGUCAUUGAGUUUAUUUUGCUUCGCGGGUUCCCCUUCGCCUUUGGUAGGUUCUGCUCGUAGCAGCUGGAGCUUUGAAACGGGUGGCCGGAAGGAUCAAAAUUCAACCACUGUCGAAACGCGCUUUGUCCACACUGGGGUACUUCGAAUAGAAGUUCACUUCGUGCCCGUCGACACUCGAUUAAUGGCAACGUCUUUUUCAUAUUUCAAAGCACUUCCACAUAGCAUCUGCAUUUUGUCUGGUGCUAGAACCAGAGAUGGGGAGAACAAUAACUGUUUACUUUCCUGCCAACCCCCACGAACAACACGUUUUGUAUUUUUUAGUCUAAUUGGAAAAUGUUUACUGAGAAUAUUUAAUAACUAUCUGUUCGUGACAGCAUCUUAAAGUGCCUGGAUAAACUGCAGAACCUUCUGGAAAAGGUGCAGGGUUCCAAGAACUGGAGGGGGA